UACAUUGCACAAGAGCUCGCUUCUGUGUUAUCAAUACUUUACUGAAAGCAUAUCAGCAGCUACAUGUUGCUUUUUACGCUGUAUUUAGCCGUUGAAGCUAAAGGAAGUGCCCCGUGUCAUGGGCCUUACUAAUGCUUAUUUGCACGGUUCUUGUGUAUUCUAAAGCGGCGUUAUCUCGGCAUGUUCCGUGCCUGUGUCAGAGCAGCGGCGUCCACCGGGGUUAAACCCCAGAAAUGUGGCUUAACGGAGGCUGGCGCUAGUGAGUCGUCACUACAGAAAAUCACCGUUCGGUGUAAUACCAUAGAAACAUUGUAGACUUGAAAUCUGUUGGCUCGUUAAUAUUUAAUACAAUUAGUUUAAACGUACAGUUUGAAAUACAAACAAAUAAAAUAAUUUAAGGUCCAAUGGUAGAGCGUACAACUUGGCUAAAGUAGCCGGACUGGAACAGGAAAACAUCUUGUGAUCCACAUGUAGAAACACCCGGCGGCUGUGUGUAAACCGUAUUAAAGAUGCUUGAUCGCAACUCCUUGUUUGCAUUACUUCUUGGUGGGUGGGACAACAUCCUUGAAAGAAGAUAAAAAAGACAGGUUUACUGACAGACUGGUAUCGUCAGAGAUAAAUGACACCUAACGGCACUUGGCUUCUCUUUACACUGCACUAAACAAAUUUGAGGGAGGUUGGUUUGCUCAUUAAAGGUUGGGAGUAAAGGUUACUGGAAUACGGUUUGCUGUCUUCCUGUUGGGUUUUAACACGUUUGAACACUCAGGUCUGCUUUGGACGACAGGGAUGCAGGUUGCAGAGUCCCAUCAGAGAUGACCUCUCAUCUGUAGCUGUCAGUGCUAGACAGCUGAUCCUCCUGCUGUGCUGUACAUGGCAGGCCCCAUCCACUUCCUGUGCAAGGGUAUCCGCACAGUGGGAUUAGUUUUUCUCUACUACAUCUUCUCCAUCGGCAUCACAUUCUAUAACAAAUGGCUGAUGAAGGGUUUCCAUUAUCCCCUCUUCAUGACCCUCGUCCACCUCAUCAUCAUCUUCUGCCUGUCUGCUCUGACGCGACAGAUCAUGCUGUGCUGGACAGGGAAACCCCGGGUUGUUCUAAACUGGACUGAUUACUUCCGUAAAGUGGCGCCAACCGCCAUCGCCAGUGCUCUGGAUAUUGGACUUUCAAACUGGAGUUUACUCUUCAUCACCAUUAGCUUGUAUACCAUGACCAAAUCCACGGCUGUGCUUUUUAUCCUCUGCUUCUCCCUGAUAUUCAAACUAGAAGAGCCGAACCCAUUCCUGAUCCCGGUGGUCCUGCUCAUCUCCAGUGGUCUCUUCAUGUUCACGUACAAAUCCACCCAGUUCAACGUGGAGGGGUUCGUUUUGGUGCUUCUGGCGUCUUUUAUAGGAGGAAUACGAUGGACACUCACGCAGAUCCUAACGCAGAAGGCUGAACUGGGCCUUCAGAACCCUAUAGACACCAUGUUCCACCUACAGCCUGUUAUGUUCUUCGGCCUCUUCCCACUUUUCCUGUUUAAUGAAGGGCUGGCCAUCAGCACGUCAGAGAAGUUGUUCCGAGUGACGGAGCUUUCGCCUCUGCUUUACUCUCUCUGUGCUCUGAGCAUCGGCGGCCUGUUGGCCUUUGGAUUGGGCUUCUCAGAGUUCUUGCUGGUCUCCAAAACCUCCAGCCUGACUCUGUCAAUAGCAGGGAUCUUUAAGGAGGUGUGCACUUUGCUCCUGGCUGCAGCUUUGAUGGGAGAUAAAAUGAGUUCUCUGAACUGGCUGGGAUUCACCGUGUGCCUCUCUGGCAUUUCAUUACACGUGGGAAUAAAAACAUAUUAUUCUAAAAACAAAGUCCCGUCCACCAGGCCGUUGAACAUCAGGAGCCCGGAGCUGGAGCUGCCGCUGCUGCAGCAGGGCAGGGAUGGAGUCGACGGUUUUGCUGCUGAUGAUGAAGAAGAUGAAGACGAGGACGUCACUCUGCACUAACAUUCCCAUGCGAAGAAAAACGGGUUUCAGGAAGUCCUGACGGCCAUCACAGCACAUUUGUUUUUCUAAAGAAGACCAAACUCUGUUAGUGCUAAAGCACUACAGAACUCUGACCAUGACGAUGUAGCCACAGAGCAUCAGAAGCUGUCGUAUCAGGGCCACUUUCUGUGAACUCCAGUAACCGGAACUUGAUUGUGGUUGCAGGACUGUUCCAAAUAGAUUGUGCAAAUGAAAUCUCUAACAAUUAUCAAAUGUACCACCACGUUCCACGUGGUUCACCUUCGUGUCUGAGAGGACAUUAUAGUUCACAUCAAAAAAGAUUGUCGACAAACAGGGUAGCAUGAGGUUGUAGGUCUGUUAUACCAAUAGAAACCUCUGUAAUUUUCUGAUUCAGCAAUGUUUUGUUUUGUUUUGCCUCAGUUGGCUCGGCAUCAUUCUGACUCAAAUCUCACUUUGUCUCAAAUAGCACAUUUGCAUUGACUUUAUGAAGUUUUUAAUGAAUGGAAAAUUUCCACUACAGUAGUGUGAAUGUACUGUGGACCAAGGGCUUAGGCAGUAGUCCAGGUUGGUGUUGGUUGGUUGCGUGUUUUUUUCCAAAAGAGGGCGUUGUAGGUCAAGAGGUUUUUGGUCCUUGACAUAGCCAGGUCCAGAGCUAAAAUGGUCAAAAAUGCUCCAAAAUCCUAGACAUUUCUGUUUUGAAGUUAUUGAUAUAAUGAAAAAGUCUUGUGAAAUACAACAGUUCAGUUUGCUUCUAUUUGGUUCCAUCAAAUUUUCUGACCAAUCUUGAAGAUGUUCAUUACAAGGUGCACCCCAUAGCUUCUGUUGUCCUUGAUAGAUCUACCUCUAAAGCAGAAACAUCUUCAGGGCCGAACAAAACUGCAUUAGGUUCCUGCAGUGAAAACACGCAACACUUUCUCCUACUUUUUGUUAGUUCCUGUCAUAGGCAUGCAGGUUUACUGAACGGGAACAACCAUGUUAGCUUUUCCCCUUCUCGCUCUCCAGGAAGUAUGGAUUUUGAAUGUGUCAGAAUUUAUAAUGUUUUGCCCAAGGCGACCUCGAGAAGUGUAGCUAAUCCAUGAAAAUGUCAGAGCUUGAUGUAUGGGGCUACAACCUAAAAUGACACCUUGUAUUUAAGGGGUGUUUCUUUCCUUUUUUACCACCCUGUCAUGUUGUGGGAAAAACGCGGUCCAUAGAUGUAAUGGAGUGUUUGCAGGUGUAUAAAAAUCUGUCAGGAAACUAUUUUUUCAAAUGUUUUUAUACUAAUGUUUGCAUGAUUAACAAUCAACUGCUACAAAAAAGCUCCAAUUUUUUUUUUUUUUAAUAUUACCUGGUCUAAAAAAUGACAUUUUAAACUAAAGUUUUAAUGACGUUAAUGACUCAUAAAUUUGACUGCCCAGAACCCACUGGGUCAUAUAUGUUGAUACAUUUGGUUGUUAAAUGCAGGCAAUUCUGAGAUGUAUGAAUUGUGUAUUUGGUAAUGUAUAAAGUUAGCAUGUUUCGCUAACUUAAAACAUGUAAUGGAACCAAUUACCAAAGCAAUGUAAGGACCUCUUGCUGUUAUAGUUGAUGGAAAUGUUAAGAGUUCAGAAGUGUGGUGGUUUGUGGUGAAGGAACAACUAAAAGAUUGUUGCCAAGGAACCCAGCUACAAAACACACAUUUCUGAGUCAAUGUAUCUUUAAACCACAAUACAUAUUUUCUCUUGUUACCUACAGUGUGGCUUACAUCAAGGUACAGAAAAUUCUAAAACAUUUCUGUACUAAUGUGAACAUUUUUCAUAUGAAUAUGAACAAGAGGCCUCUGUUGAAAAGCUCCACAGGUCAAUUUUUUGGUUGUUCAGAGGUGAAAGGAAGUUAACUUUUUGAGAGACAUCUGUACCUCAGUGUGCCUUUAAAUAACUUAAAGAGCUAUUUUCAGUACAUUCCAAUGUUUCAGUAGUAUUUCGUGUUUCAAGACGUUAAAUAAAGUGAUCGACUGUAUUUAUUUUCAAGAGACAAAUGACUUUUUGUAAAAUGCAGCGUUGUUGCAAUAAAAAGACGAGUUAAAAUGUG